AUGCCCACGCGACAUCUCUCAAAAGACUACCCAUGGGUAUCCUCACCACCAAUCAUCUCAGCACCCAUGAGCGGUUUCGCCGGCCCCGCUCUAGCCCACGCAGUCUACAAAGCAGACGGUCUAGGUUUUCUCGGCGGUGUGCCAGACAUGGCAGCCCUUCGAACAGCUCUUGAAGACGUCACAGGACUAGUCACAGGAACCCGUACUCCAGCAUCUGGACACACAUUACCCAUUGGCCUAGGAGCUUUAUUGUUCGCGCAGAAACUCGAAGAAGUUGUUGCACUAAUUGCCGAGUUUCGUCCUGUAGCAGUUUGGCUGUUUGCCGCACACGAAUCUCCAGAUUUCGCGCUUUGGACAGCGGAAAUUCGCAAAGUGAGCGCAAACACCAAGAUAUGGGUUCAGAUCGGGAGUGUAAGAGGUGCGGUCCACCUAGCCCAGUCUUGCAAGCCAGACGUACUGGUGCUACAAGGCGCAGACGCAGGUGGCCACGGCGGCGAAAAAGGCGCGGGCAUCAUCUCCCUGAUCCCAGAAACCUUGCACGCGUUGCAAAGGCUAGAGUUGUUGGACAACAUAUCCAUUGUAGCCGCAGGCGGUAUAGCAGAUGGCUCUGGCGUGGCCGCAGCCCUAACGCUCGGCGCAGACGGCAUAGUCAUGGGAACAAGAUUUCUCGCCGCAGAGGAAACAUCAGUGCAUCCUUUGUACCGCGCCGCAAUCCUCGAAACCGAGGACGGAGGCCAGACAACCGUGCGGGCAAAGCUGUUUGAUGAAUUGGCUGGUCCAAACAUCUGGCCCAAAGAUUUCGAUGGCAGGGCUUUGGUUGCUCAGAGCUAUAAAGAUCACAUCGAGGGUAUCUCGAUUGCUGAGAUUCGCAAGUCUCAUGCCGAGGCGAAGCAAACCUCUCAUCUCGGCUUUGAUCAGGAGAAUAGGAGGGCUGCUAUUUGGGCAGGCACGGGAGUUGGCCUUGUGCGUGAGAGAGCGCCUGCCGCAGAGAUCGUCACAGAGAUUCGGGAAGCUGCAAAAGUGACAUUGAGAAAAGCGCUGACGAAUCUGGAAUGA